UUUACGAAAUUAUCAUACCGACCGGGAUAGUGGCUUAAAAUCUCACAAUAAACAGACCGUGAUAGUAACAUAUUAUGUCAUUAUAUAUAUUCCCGCCAUAGCUUUGUCUCCAGGAGGGAAUCUCCUUGUUUCUGAAGCAUUUGGUGGCGGAGGUAUUUCUGAGAUAUUCAUAGACUGGGUUUAUUUUAAAGUCCUGAAAUCAAGAGAAAUAAUUCCUACCACUGAGGAAAGCGCAGAAGAUCAGAUUUUACGGCUUUCCUGUUCUCAAAAUUUCGAAGUUGCAUGGUUUGAUUCUUCUUGCGAUGCGAUAUCAGUAGUAAAAGUGACCGGAUUUAGCACUGAGGGGGAGGCCCAGAUCCAGAGGCAAGAGAAAAUCACAUAUUAUAUGCUUAAUGGAGAAGAAAAACGAAUCGCAUGCAAUGAUGACUUUUUUCCUGAUAUUUCUCACGAUGGACAAAACCUUAUCAUUGCCACAGAAAAUGAAAUAGUGUUGCUGGAGUCAGCAACAGAAGGGAGUAAUGCACUUCUCAUUGCAUCAGACCUUAAACCUUCUGGACAUUUAAGGAUAAACCACGAGGGCCAAUUGAUGGUCUGUAAAGAAAACGCAGUCAAAUUGUAUGAAUACAAGAAUGAAGUUAGGUCACUUCAGAGUUUUUGCCGACGUUACAUCAGAGAAACAAUUCACACUAAUUUUGUUGGAAAAGAGCUCCUCUCAGGAAUUUCAUGUUCACUGAAAAAUGAUGAUGGCAAUGCCAAUGAUGGUGCUGAUGAUGAUGAUGAUGACGAUGAUGACGAUGAUGAUGACGAUGAUGAUGACAAUGAUGAUGACGAUGAUGAUGGUGGUGGUGAUGAUGUAGAUGAUGUCAGAGAACCAAUUCUUACUUACUAUGCUGAAGUAGUACACAACUUAGCUAUUCCUUCCUCACUGAAAGACUACCUAUUGUACAAGUCAGUUUAAGCCAGAAGUGGAGGUGAAUAGUGGUGGAUAUUUAUCAAGCCAUGACAUGGUGAGGUAAAUAUCCACUCCUUUCAGCAACACUUAGAUGAAUAAUUAUUUUUAGUAUAUACCCCAUAGAAACCAGAAAAAUGGUUUAUUUCUGUCAAUAUAGCAAAAAUUAGUGGGAAAUUAAAUUAUUAAUGCACAAUGUUGUCUCUUCAGCAGCUUGGAGAUGAGAAGUACUUGCGAAUCUCUUCCAAAUUGGCCAAUCAGGGCGUGCAAUCUUUACCUGUGUGGUGUAUACUAACUAGAUUUAGGGACUAUCAAUCCUCAUUAGUUAAACCAAGGUUAUUGUGGGUCUUGUCUUUUCUCUAAUAGCAGGGGAUUAAUUGUUAAUAUCACUUACCAAAUAAAAUGAAAGGGAAAUGAUAGAAUGAAAUAAUGAUUUCUGAUCUUUCCUUGAGCAAAGUGUACUUAGAGAGUUGCUUUCCCAAUGUGAAAUCAAAAUAAUGAUAAUUAUGUUAUAUCCUUUAAGAGGAAUGUGAUAUCCAGAUAUUAGUAUAGAACUGUAACAAUUACUAUAACAUAACUAAGGUCUAGGUACAUAAAUUAUUUGGUUUUAUUUAUAGAUUAGACCUUUAUUAUACACGAAACAGUUCAAUUGCAAAAAACGUUUUCUGACAGCAAGACAGUUUUAGAUCAAAAGUUUUGAAGUUUAUUAAAUUUUUAUGUAAAGGAGCUCUUUGUUUGAAAGAGAAAAAAAAGGAAAACACUAAGAGCAUUUCAUCAUACUCCUUAUGUUGAAAUGCUUGCACAGCACUGGAGUAACAUUUUUCAUGUUUUUAACAGUUUCAGUGGUACAGUUUCUCAAACUUUAGUCUCUUUGUUGGACAAAGUAGAAAUUAGGGUGAAUGCAUUACUUAUUUGAUAACAUUAUAUGUUUUGAACGUAUUAUAGCCCCAACAAUUUGAUUUAAUUUAAUUUAUUAGAUUUGCCGACAGGCAGGGACACCACAACAGCUUGUGCCAAUUACUGC